AGGCCACUAUUUUCACCAGUGUUGCAAUACAGCUUGUCGAACAGAGCCUCAUUCAGGUUAACCUAAAAAAUGGGACUGAAGAAGAGCUGGAGGUUUUUAUAAACUGCACUAUGAUUGACAUUGAAAACUUCACCAACGAUACCAGCACGCAUUCCUCGCUGUCUGACACGGUGCUGCUCUCACGUCCAGAGAAUAAUUCGUUCCAAGUGACGCAUGAAAACGGAAUAACCGUAUCUGCGAAAGCUCUUAAGGGUGCAUUAUCGAUAACCUUGGAAGUUCCUGAAACCUUUGAAAAUCGCACCAAGGGCCUGAUGGGAGUGUUUAACAACGACAAAAGUGAUGACCUCACGCCUAGCAACGGUGCACCAAUACCUGAGACGUCAUCAGAAGCUGAUAUAUACCACCAGUUUGGAAUGACGUGGAUGGUGACGAACGAGACAACCAUAUUCUGCUACCAGCCUGGCGAGAGCUACGAGAUCUACAACUUCCCGAACUUCACACCCAUGUUCACUGACAACAUUACAUUCGCAAACGCUACACUGCAAGCGGCAGCUGAAGCCCUCUGUGGGUCUGAUUUGUCAUGCCUCUUUGAUACAGCCCAAACAGGGGACCUAAGUUUUGGCGCAGUAACUCUCAGCGAAAAAAUCGCCAGUGACAAAGCUAUAUUAGAUUUAGAGAAUUUCCCUCCAAAAAUCACCGGACCCAGAUCGCACCACGUCUAUCGUGGUGUAUUUACCACUAUAGCAACCAACGUGUCAGACGCAAACGGUGACGCCAUCACGUGUCUGCUCGAGACAAAUGGUUCCACUUCCGGUAACCUUUCACAGGUUUCUGGUGAUGAGUGUCACGUUGGCAUUCUCAUCAAUUCCUUCUCCGAGGAGUUAAAUUUGAUGUUGAUAGCAAAGGACACCAAUGACGCCCGGAGCACCUACCAGCCUGUGAUAGAAUACUGUCCUUGUGAAAAUGGUGGCACAUGUGCAGCACUCACAGCUACUGAACUGGAAGAAACAUCUUCAUACUUUAUCGUCUUGGAAUGCACUUGUCCAGACAGUUACACGGGGACGUACUGCGAAAGUGAGAUGGACGCAUGCGCAGAGAACACAGAGCCCUGUUAUCCCGGGGUUCGUUGUCAAAAUGACCCCCCACCACGCAAUAUAACUGGGUACACGUGUGGACCUUGUCCUGAAGGUUAUUUAGGGGACGGGAUUACAUGCGACGAUUUAGACGAAUGUGUCAAUGGCAGUGAAUGUGACCAUAUCUGCAUCAACAUUCCGGGAUCAUACGCUUGCUCUUGUGACACGGGCUAUCAGUUGGUCGAUGAGGGGCGCUGUGACGAUGUAAAUGAAUGUGUCCCAGCCAGUGACUGCUCCCAGACUUGUAUUAACACGGAGGGUUCCUACACCUGUGGGUGUGAUGCCGCCUUUUCCCUCCAGGCUGACGGCAAAACUUGUGCUCCGACCACGGUUUGCACCAGUAAUAUCGGCUGUGAUCUGGUGAAUGGCUGGUGUUACGUAGAUUCAGCCGGAACCAAUAGGUGCAGUUGUAAGAAAGGCUACACUCUUACUGGAGGAACCCAGUGUAACGAUGAGAACGAAUGUUCUACUGGAGCGAACAAAUGUAACCAGAACUGUGUGAAUACUGAGGGCUCCUACAACUGCUAUUGUAAUGGAGGCUACACCAUGUCAGCUGAUGGCUUCACCUGCAAAGACAUAGAUGAAUGUAACCAGUUAGCCUGGGUGUGUAACUCUACGCAACUGUGUAUUAACAGUCCUGGUGGAUAUAGCUGUACCUGUCCUACAGGCACCGUGGAUAUCGGGGGCGAGUGUAGACAAUUGGCUGAUGACGUCAUGCCGGUCGCUGCGGAGACCAGGACUCCAAGCACAGCCGAGAGAGAGAACGCUGUUAAAAUGUCCGCUGAGAUGGAUAUAUCUCACUAUACGGUUGCCGUGGAUACGGCCGUUACUACAACGAUAGCUUCCGCGGCAACUACCUACUGCGCUGGCGGGAACUGUACUUUGAUACCAGGGAUAACAACAACGCGAAGAAAGAGAUCCACCUUCACCCCAACCUUUAGCUACAACUUCGUUCUGCGCGUGCCAGGUUACCCAGCGCAAUCUAGCGAUGACCCCACCUCCAUAGAUUUGGCCUAUUACGUGCUCACAAAAAACGGGGACAUACUGCCUGCCGCAGAUUUGGUUGCCGCCAUGCAGGACGCACAGACAGACCUUCAGAUCGCUCUAGGCAAUGUUGAUAUAACGCAGCUUGGGUUCCUGGUGGCAUCCGUCACUUCAAACGCCACAAACGCCACCACGCUACCUGUUAACGCCACGACGCCAGCUGAGGGCUUGAUUUCGUAUAGCGCGGAGGCAACGUCCUGGAUAUGGAGCGUGAUUGGUGGAAGCGUGCUGCUGUUUAUCAUUAUUGUCAUAAUAGUUACCGCUGUUUGUGUCAGAACGCACAAUGCACAAAAAUAUAUGACUGUGGGCACAAGUUCUGAGCCACAAACAGAUAACGGAAUAAAGGCCACCUACAGGAAAGCACCUCCAUCAAGCCCCAUGGUUAUGGAUGCCACUGUCCCUGCAGCCCAAAAAAUAAGACGACUGUCACAUUCUAAUACCAUGUUCGAGAAUGACAUAAAAGAGGAAGUGCCCCCGCCAAGCCGUACGCUGAGCAAUACUACUGAUCUCGCAUCCCAGAAAUUAAGACGGCUCUCACAUCCUGAUACCAUGUUCGAGAAUGCCAUAAAAGGGAAGGUACUCCCGCCAAUCACUUCGCUGAGCAAUACUACUGAUCUCGCAGUCCAGAAAGUAAGACGGCUCUCACAUCAUAACACCAUGUUCGAGAAUGCCAUAAAAAGGGAGGUACUCCCGCCAAUCCCUUCACUGAGCAAUACUACUGAUCUCGCAGCCCAGAAAGUAAGACGGCUCUCACAUCAUAACACCGUGUUCGACAAUGACAUAGAAGGGGAAGAACUCCCGCCGAGCCGUGCGCUUAGCAGUACUUCUGACCCUGCAGGCCACAAAGGCAGACGGAUGUCACACCCUACUGUCAUAACGAUCGAAAGUGACAGAAAGGGGGGGAAAGCCCCACCGAGCCCGACGCUGAGCAGUACGUCUGUCCCUGCCACCCAAAAGAGUGACGUAAACACAGAAGUUCUACCACCAAGCCCUACGUUAAGCAGUGCUAACGUUCCUGCAACCCACAAAGCUAGACGGCUAUCACACCCAAGCACCAUCUUCGAGAAUGACGUAAACUGGAGAGAAUCCACGCCGAGCCCUAUGGUUUGCCACGCCACCGCCCCUUCAAACCAGAAAGAUAGAUGGCCGUCACACCCUAUUAUCCAGUUGAUUUACAGUGACGUAGAUAGCAAGAGCGAUUCUAAAGACGAAAUUCAUCUUUCUGACGAUAAUAACAGUGAUGGUGGAAGGGGGCAACGCGAGAUUGGGCGAGAUUGUGAUGACAGGCAACACAGAGGUGCAGGACCAAGGGGUCAUGAUGAUUACCACCAUGGCGGACACGACGCUCUGUAUUAUGAUGAUCACAGUGGCCACGGCGACCGGAGUGAUGUAGACUAUGACGACUUCCGAGAUAACAAUAGAUGGCGCAGUUCAUCACGCGGAUCUCAUGAUUUUACCCCGCCUCCUGUCGCUAAAAAACGCAGCAAAUAUGGAAGACCCACCCAGGAGAACACAGGAGCUGUUGGGAGACAAGGGGCGCCACAUGAUAAUGCCCGUGAACCGCCAUUUCAGCCGCCAUUUCAGCCACGUAAGGCUUGGGGAAACGAGACAAAAUGAACAUGGUAUUUAGUUUUAAAAAUGUCAAUGUUUUUAGGACCCACGUUCUUGGUUUCAUGUAGUUAUACUUCCAGCAGCUCAUCAUAUGGUAAAAAUGCACAAGCACGCCGUGAGAACAGCGAUACGUUAUUGUGAAAUGAAGCCUGGCAAAAGGUUAUCAUCUUGAUUCAUAUACGUUGAUAAUAUACGUUUUUGCAUAUCAUUUGAUAAUACGGAAGAUCAAUGGAUGGAGGAUAGAGGAGAAUAACUGACAUUAAGGUCGUUUUUACUGCUGUAAUUAUAAGCCACCGUUAGAGUUUGAUCUAAGACAGUCUUACAUGUAAAUUAGAAAACGUGAUAUAUAAAUAUGCUUAUGGAUUAAUUGGUUAAAUUGAAGAAUUCCACUGUGCAUGUAUGUACAGUAUUUUAAGCCAAAAUGCCGUAUAAAUUGAAAAAUAUUUAUUCAAGAAAAUGUGAUUUAAAUAGCAUUAGAUCAUGAUUUUCAUUGUGUGUG